AUGACCCCUGGGUUGCGAAUCACCAACCCCGACAACUCGGACAGUGACGACGCACAACCUCAGUUGUCGCCGGCACACGUUUCGCCGUCAAAGACAUCGCCUGUGCGAGUGUCGCCGGUAAAAGUGUCGCCAGCGGUCCCCACCAACAUUUCGGCGUCGGCGUCCGGCGGCGGCGGCGCGUCGUCGUCAUCGUCAUCACUUUCACUCUCAACCCCGGGACGUUCACUUCCAAGCACCACCACCGGCGGUACUUCCUUUGCUCCCUCUUCUCCGCGCGCAGAGCGCCCGUUCCCGACUCCACUCCCCUCCAUCCCAGCAUCGUCCGGCAGCCCAGCACCCUUUGCUUCUGCACCGAUCCUCAGCGGCGGCAUGGAGCCGCAGGGGUCCCGCGCCCUGCCCCCGCAGCCCCCUCCCCAGCCCGAGCGUCACCUCCGGCGCGCAUUCACAAGCCCCACAGAAUCGACGACGGCCCGUAUCGACCCACGUACAGUGUUCCGUGACACGCCGUCGUCGCCAAACCGCGCGUUGCCACCUCUACCGCCCAUAAAGGCAGGCUCCGUACCCUCCCCUAGCGUUGGCUCAUCUUCGCAGACCCAAUUGAUGGCGUCCUUCCCCGCCAUUUCACCACCACUCUCUAUCCACCAACCGAUCACUCCCAUAUCGGCCGUGUCUGCAGGCUCCUCGGGGUCCAUGACCGUUCCACACCGCGUCGCCAGCCCGGACGAUCCUCUGACAGGAACGUACAUGGGCGCUGGUGGAUCGAGGGCACGAUCUACCUCUAUCAACCAAAAGGUCCUGCUCCAGGCCACCGUCGACAAUGAGCAGUUUGCCGUCGUCGACAUUACCGGCGUCACUUCUGCAGAAGGAAUACGGGAGAAGCUGUUUACGAGGUUCCCCUCGCUUGCCAUCUACCGCACAGAUAUUGGAGAGGUGCCGGACUUGUCACUGUCCAGCGCACUCACACACAUGGGCUUGGUCCAACUCGUCGAGAGCCUUGGCGACUCGCGUGCCAGCUUGAAGUUUCUCGUGCGACAGACCAGCAUCCCCGACGCCUCAAACGCGACUGUUGUUCCUCCUGCCGCCGAGGCCAACAAUGCAUUCCGCACGACCCAGAGACCUGGUGUUCCACCAAUCCUCACAGACAUGGGCCCGGCGCCACCCUACACUCCUCAUCCCGCUUCUUCCAGCCACAACUCGAGAGACAGCCUGGGGAGCAAUUCCGCUGCUGUCGGCGCUGGCGCCGGCGAGGCUAUGGACCGGAGCCGCGGCCACAGUCGCGGCAGCUGGACAAGUCUGAGUGACCGCGAGGAGGACGGAGAGGACUGGAUCAACUCCACCCGCCUACCCAACAGCUCUGGAUCCAGUCGCUCGCUAAACGCAGAACCCCUUCCGCAGCCGACACAGCGUCCAUUCUCACCACCCCAUCGCUCAGCCACCGAGCCACCCGAGGACGAGGGAACAUACCGUCCCGCACUGCCACCUCGACCACCAUCGUCCAACGCUGUUGCUGGCCCGAGCAGCGCCGCUGGUCCUAGCAACGGUGCGGGCACCUCUACUGGUGGUCCUGGUUUAGGUCUCGACUUUGACCUGCGCGGCGUCGAUGCAGCUUCCGCGGCGCUCAUCCUUGAAAUGACGCGUCUGGAGGCCGAGGAAGAACGGCACCGACAAGAGGAAGAGGCUGCGCGUAUCGCCCGCGACGAGCUGAUUGCCUACCAGGCUCAGGAGACUGAGCGUGAGGUAUGGCAAGUCAUGCAGCAGAUUGAGCUGGAGAAGGCUCGCGAGCGGGAAGAGCAGUCUCGCCGAGACGAACAGCAAGCUCGCCAGGUCGAGGCCCAGGAGCGGCGACAGGAAGAGGAGAGGCGUCGCGCAGAGGAGGCCACCGUCACUCAGACAUCGCGCACAUGGGAGGGCGACCGCAGCGGCCAGUUUGCCGCCGACAGACGGCAACGCCGCCAGCAGUUCCAGAACCUCAACCAGCAGCAACACGAGGACUGGGCCUCUGCCAUUCCCGAGGACCAACGCACGCAGCCCCUUCCCUUCACUGGUCGUCGUACUUCCGACAACCAGCCCGAGCGAAUGAGCACGCCGACCUAUGGACUGGGUGCCUACGCGUCGCCUCCUGGACAGUAUGGCGGCACCGACAUGCCCCAGGCCCACACUGCCGGCUCACGGCCACCCAUCUAUGCCCAGUCAAGCAUGGACCGGUAUUCGGACAGCCACGAGCAGCAGCAGCGGCUGCAUGAUCCCCGCUACGCUCACGUGCGUGGUACUGUGCCAGCACCUUCAGGACGUCGUUCGUCUGGCAACCCUCAGCAACAGUAUGUCUACCCUCCUUCCGACCACAAUGUGCACGGCGCGCGCUCGACAGACAACCUGCGCAUGUUCAACGGCCACAAUGGGCAGCCGCCCCAGCCGCAAAGGCAGUACUCGAACGGACCCCGCAGUGCCGCCACGCCCCAGGACCCGUACCCUACAAUGCACCACCGCGACUCUGGCGGCGACCUCCGCAUCAUCGACGGACGAUACCCGGACCCCACCGGGACCCAGAGGCCUGGCAGCGGACACGACGGUCUCGUCCAGUUCCCCUCGCCCCGCCCAUGGCCCGAGACAACAAUGUCGCCGCCGCGCGCGCAGACGAUGAUGACAGGCGUGGGCGCCGGCGUGGAUGGUCAUCGCCCAAGCACGCUGUACGACCAGAACAGCCCUCGCGACCAGUACGGCUACGGCCGUCCACGCAGUACCUCGGAUACGCGGUACGCUACUGGCGGUUCGCUUGUGUCGGCCACAGCUACGGCAACUACUGCCUCGCAGCUGCCGUACACGCACGAGAGUGGCUCCGAGUGGCUAGGUACCCCGGUCAGGCGCGACACUGGCGACUCUUCCAUGGACACCAUCUCCAACGCCGGCACAGCCAUCUCGGACGCCACGACUAUCUGCCCGCCGAGCGACUCGGACACUGCGACGGCACGGCCCCAGGACUGGGCACAGCAAAUCAACAACAUGCUCAUGGGCAACGGCGCCAUCAGCCAUCCUGCCGGUGUACUGGAUGCCAACGACAUGGGCGAGGCUACGCUCUUCCUCCCUCGCAUGUCAGCGUCUGCUCGCGGAGCCGACUCGCACCGGCCCAACCUCAGCAUCGACACUACCGAAGAGCCUUCCCAGUCUCACCGUCCGCUUUCGACAAGCGAGUCGGACAGCACGUCGGACAAGAAGGACGAGUGGCAUAUUCGUCCCGAGCCCGAGCAGCUGUACGACAACCUCCAGCAGUUCUUCCCGAAGAUCGACCUGGACAAGCCCAUUGUCGACCCGGCAGUCUCGAGCACGCCGUCGACUCCCAAUUCGGAGACGUCGCCGCGCACCACACUCGAGCUGCACCGGCCUCCACCUGCACGCCACGAACCCCCCACGACGUCCACACCGUCCAAAAUAUCGUCCAACCCCGCUCGCGCUGCCGUGGCCAUGGCCACCAACGCCAUUACGGCCGCGUUCAACAAGAGCGAGCACCGCAAGUCGAUCCGAAACGUUGCCGACCUCAAAAAGCGUUCGUUGCAAAAGCACAAGGACGACAAGCACCAGCCGCUCAGCGUUGUCGAGGAGAAGAAGCUCAAGCGCACGUCGUCCAUGUGGGGCCACAAGGUGGUCGAGGUCACGCCCUCACGCAUGGCCAUGGAGCUCCCCGUUGUGGUGCCCGAGGUGCCAGAGUCGCCCGCAUCCGACGGCAAGCCCGCGACUCUCAACUGGGUCAAGGGCAAGCUCAUUGGCCGCGGCUCGUACGGAAAGGUCUACAUUGCGCUCAACGUCACUACUGGUGACAUGAUGGCCGUCAAGCAGGUCGAGCUGCCGCGUACCGAGCAGGAGCAAAACGACAACCGCCAGCUGAGCAUGGUCGAUGCGCUGCGCUCUGAAAUCUCUCUCUUAAAGGACCUGUACCACCCCAACAUUGUCGCCUACCUCGGCUGUGAGGUGUCGGACGAGCACAUGUCCAUUUUCCUCGAAUACGUCCCCGGUGGCACCAUUGCGUCCAUCUACCGCACCCCGGGCCAGGCGCGCUUCGAGGAGCAGCUCGUCAAGUUUUUCACGGCCCAGAUCCUCGAGGGUCUCGCCUACUUGCACGCCAAGAACAUUUGGCAUCGCGACCUCAAGGGCGACAACAUUCUCGUCGACUCGAACGGCGUGUGCAAGAUUUCCGACUUUGGCAUCUCCAAGCAGACGACGGACGCGUACGACUCGUUUGGAAACGCGACCACCAUGAAGGGGUCCAUCUUCUGGAUGGCGCCCGAGGUGCUGCACUCGCCCAACGAGCGCUCGUACAGCGGCAAAGUGGACAUUUGGUCGCUGGGCUGUGUCGUGCUGGAAAUGUGGUCUGGCCAACGACCUUGGGGCGACCUCGAGCCCGUCGCGGCCAUGCUGCAGCUGUUCAACGGGCGCGGCGCGCCGGCCCUCCCACCCGACAUCAAGCUCGACCCUGUCGCGUUCGACUUUCUCUACGCCAAGUGUCUCGUGGGCGACCCACACGACCGCCCGACUGCGCGCGACCUCAUUGAACACCCCUUUGUCACUGAGACAGACCCCGGGUGGACGUUUGAGAAUUCCAAGAUUGGUAAAGCGGUCGCGCAGCGCGGCGCCACCAGCCUGCGCCAGGCGAGCACGUCGACGGGCGUGACGGCUAUCGGGGCGUGA